AUGUGGAGACUGGGAGUGGAUGAAGCAACUCUCAAGGACGUUUAUCAAGAAAUUCAGCCCAGCCAGCUCACUGUGGACAAGAAAGUGACUGAGGAGAACAGAUAUGGACAGGGAUCAGACAGGCUGGCUUGGUUUUGGAGGUUCAACAAUGUUAGUGAUACUCAUGAAGACAGAUGGAUGGAUGAAUGUAAGUGGUACUUAAUAUUUCAUAUGGUAAAUUGGUUACAAGCUAAGGCUAGGUGGCAAAGGUGGGAGGAGGAGUUGAGUUUGGUCCAACAUGAGAUGGGCUGGACAGUUAGCUGGUUUAGACAAAAGAAGGAUGAAUGGGAUAGAAGAUAUCAAUAA